AAGAUCGCGAAGUUUCCGAAAGCGCGGGCAACAUCCGGGCACCUGGGGCCCUCGAGCUGAGGCGCGCCGAGUGACUGACUUUUUUAGGGAUCGCAGCCAUGUUGAAGUGCGGGAUGAGCGGCAGUCAGGUGAAAGUAUUUGGGAAAGCGAUCCAAGCACUCUCACGAAUUAGUGAUGAGCUGUGGCUAGACCCUUCUGAAAAAGGUCUUGCUUUAAGAUCUGUGAAUUCUUGUCGGUCAGCAUAUGGAUGUGUCCUCUUCUCGCCUGUGUUUUUUCAACAUUAUCAAUGGUCAACCUCGGUGAAAACGAAUGAUAGUGACACAAUAUCGAAUUUAAAUUGCAAAUUGGGAAUGAAGUCAAUUCUGCCUAUCUUUAGAUGUCUGAAUUCCCUCGAAAGAAAUGUAGAGAAAUGCAAAAUAUUUACCAGAUCUGAUAAGUGCAAAGUAGUUAUUCAAUUCUUCUGCAGACAUGGUAUUAAAAGGAUUCAUAAUGUGUGUUUUCAAGAAAGUCAGCCUUUGCAAGUUAUUUUUGAAAAGAAUAUGUGUUCUAACACACUAGUGAUUCAGCCAAGAGUGCUUGCUGAGGCAAUUGUUCUUUUUACAUCGAGUCAAGAGGAAGUUACUCUUGCUGUUACUCCACUGAACGUUUGCAUUAAGAGUUCUAAUGAGGAAUCAAUGGAUUUGACCAAUUCUGUAUACAGUGAGAUGUUUGUUGGGCCAGAUGAGUUUGACUUCUUCCAAAUUGGAGUUGACACUGAAAUAACAUUUUGCUUCAAAGAACUGAAGGGAAUGCUGACAUUUUCAGAAGCUACACAUGCUCCUAUAGCCAUUCAUUUUGAUUUUCCUGGGAAACCCAUGGCUUUAAGUAUUGACGAUAUGUUAUUGGAAGCCAACUUUAUUUUGGCUACAUUAGCUGAUGAGCCAAGUAGAGAGUCUUCUCCACAAUCACUGUAUCUUUCACAAAAACGAAAAAGGUCAGAGCUGAUAGAUUCAAAUUCAGAGGCUGGUAAAAAUGUAACCAGCAAGGAUGCAGAGUAUAUCUCGAGAAAAGCAGUACCCAAAAGGCUUUAUUCUGAGACUUGCACGAACAUCUCUUCAUUGGAAAACUGUGGCAUCCCUUUAACGGAAAGAGCAAACGGAGACAUUAGUGAAGUACCAGAAAGCAGUGUCAGUGACACGGAGGAAGUGCCAGGAUCUUCAUACCUCAGGAAGUGUGAUGCAGAAAAGAAGAGAUGCCAAAAAAUUAUUUCUGUAUUAUCUGAUACAGAACAGCAGCCUCUGCUGCCAAGAAAGCCUGGGUUUGGAGGGGAAUGAGGUGGAAGAUGAAUGUCUCUGUUCUUUGCCUCUUUAAGCAUUAGCUUCUUACCUGCACAGAAUAAAACAUCUGGCACAGAAAUACUGUUAUAUAACAUCUUAGGAUGUGUGCCUCUCCCUCUCCCAAACCUGUUUAGAGUCAAUUAUAACCUGACAAACUAGACUUUUGUAACACCUUAAUUGUUAAGCCUGUGAAACCAUCAAAUCACAAGGAAAUGUUAACUGGCAAGCAAUUGUGCUUUAGAUUUUGUAAGGAAUUAAUAAGACAAAGGUGGCUGAGUGGAUUAGUAAACUUUAGAACUGUGAACAAAGUUCAAACUAAAACCAGAAUGAGUUUGGCUCUUGUAGCUUGGUAAUGAGUCAUAGCUACCCACAAUAACCUAAUAAAAGCUCAAGUUCAUCCCAAAACGUUCCUCAGUGAAUGAAACUGGGCUUUCAUCAAGCUUUUUUUGGAAACUGGCAAUGCCCACAUAAUUUCACAUUGUAGGCUAAAGAUUUAUGUAUUUUUUGCUUACACUGAUGACUAACACUGAAUUUCACAUAUUCCUAAUAAAUGCAGAUGACUACACGGAGAACAUCUAUACCCGAGAGUAACUGUAGGUCUCCUUGCUGAGGAUGAAGUUUCUGGUUCGCUCACUGAAAUGGGCCAGGGCAGUUUAGGCUGUGAAGGCAUCAUCAUCAUCAUCAGUA